AUGAAUUAAAAACGAUUUCAAGAAAGCAAUGUUAUACCAUAACAUUUAACAAACUAAAUAUCUGAGGGUAUUCAUGGACUUGGAUAUGAGAGAAGUUUCUCAUCCCAUUCAGAAAAUGGAUAGUAUGAAACUUUAAAGAAUGAGGAUCAUGUUGGUUUUGAAGAUGCUAGAGUUACUAAAUUAUUAUUUGAAACUCAUAGAUUGAUUGAACAUGUUAGAUUAUAAUUCAUUAUUAUCAUUACAAUGAUACUCAUAAUAGAUGUAUGAUAAUUAUUAUAUAGUUUGAUGAUUAAUAUUUCAUAUCUGAAUUGGAAGAUGAUACGUUUUUAUGGAUAGUUUUUGCUUUGAAUUCCAUUCUAUUACUUUUUACUUAUCUAACAUAUCAUAUCAAAUUUCAUUACUUUAAAGCUACUAAAUUAAUCCCACUCAAUAUGGGAUUUCAUAAAAGCGAUUUUUUUUAUCCAUUUUUGUUAGAAUUUUUGACAUUUAUACCGAUACCUAAUGUAUUUUCAAAAAGUAAAUUCAUUUUAAAAAAUAGAUAUUCAGUUUGAAUUUACAUUAUAUAGAGUUGAAGGAGUAUUUUAUUUCACUUUGAAUGACUUACUAUUUUUAUGGACUUGCUUAAGAGGAAUCAAUUUAAUGUUUAUUCUUUUAAGAUUAAGUCAUUUGUAUAAUAGUUAAGUUUAUAGAUUAUCAUUAUAUUUUGGUUUCAAAGUUAAAUGGAGUUUCACAUUCAAAUCAUUAGCAAAUGAAGAACCAGUGUUAGUAAUAUCUACAAUAUUUACAAUACAAGCAUGUUAUUUAACAUUAGCAUUAUGGAUAGUAGAACGUCCAUAUAUGAGAGAUGAUAAUUCUGAUACAAUGUAAUUGUUAAAACAUUCAUUUUAUGAAACAAUGUUGGCGUUAAUAAGAUACUCUUAUGAAGAAUAUGAACCAUAUACUGUUUAUGGUAAAAUUGUUUUAUCAUUUACAUAAUAUUCUGGAUUUGCCACAACUUCAUUAUUAAUAGCAGCUAUAGCGAAACGUUUCUAUAUGGAAAGCAAUCAAUACAACUCUUAUAUCUUACUUGCUAGAUUGUAAGCAUCACAUGAAAUGCUUGUAAUAACAUAAGCUAUAGGUGAAUAAUUUUAUUAUCUUACAAAAUAUCCAAUCAAUCCUUUUUCUAAUGGAAGAGCAAAAUUGUGUUUAGCAAAUCUUAAGAAGUUCUUUCAUAAGAAAAGGAAUUAUCAUAACACUGUGGCAGAAUUAACUGAAUAAUUAUUCAAUAGAAAAUUGAAAGAUUUCAAAUUACUCUUAUAAGAUUAUUAAGAGAUUUGUAAACUCAUUAGAGAGUAAUAGAAAGAAACCUACCAAUGUUAUUCUGAUUAAUAAUAAUUAUUUUUAUUAUGAUUCUAUAUAUUCCCAUCCUAUUAACAACUAUAGUUUAAGCCUCAUUCUCUGGUGAUCGAGUAAGAAAAACAGAAUUUGAGAGUCUCCUCAAAAGUAAUUAAGAUGUAAAGCAUAAUUCAUUGAUUUAGUUAUUACUCUUAAUUAUCAAGGAUGAUGGAAUGGUUGCAUUAUGGAACCAAUUAUAUUAAAAACAUGUUGAUUCUAUCUUUAUGGGAUUUAUAGAUUGUAGAGAAGCAAAUGAUUUAUGCACUGAAUUAGGUAUAUAAAAUACACCUUAAUUACUUUAUGUUAAUAAAACAGAAAAAGCAUUAAUCUAUUUUGAUGGCUAAUGGAAUUCAGAUUCAAUUACAGAAUGGUUGAUUGGAGAUCAAAUUCAUUCCGAAAAAGAAUAUGAAAUCAAUAUACAAGUUGAUUAACCAAAUAUUAAUUAAAAUAUUCAAUGGGUGACUGAUGUUGGAAAUGAGGAUCAAUUACAUAAUAGUCAAUUGAAUGAAAAUCAUGAUUUAAAUGAAAUUAAUCAUCAUCAUGAUCAUCAUUCAGAUAAUAUAGAAAAAAUAAAAUAUGAAGAAUUACAAUAAUUAAUCUUACUUAAUGAGUAACUCUCAUAUAAGGCUGAUAAAUUUAGAAGAGAUAUAGAUUUAAUGAAACAUUAAACAAAUAUGCUUAAUACUUCAUUUAUGAUUGAAUUAAAUAGAUAAGAAACUACUAUCAAUUUCACGAUAUAUCUCUAUUCUUCAGGAAUGAUAGCAUUAAUUUGUGUUCUUUUUACUUGGAAGAAAAUUAAUGUUAUUCAAAAGAAAUAGUCAAUUCUAGUGUAAUGA